GCCGUCAAUGUCGUCAUUGGUUUCCCGCCUGAAACCGAAACGGAGGCAAAGGAGCUAUCUAUUAGCAGCAUCAAUUUCACAAUGGAUGAGCUGUAUUUGGAUAAUAUUGAUGAAUUUGUCAACGACCAGAAUAAAAUUGUCACUUACAAAUGGCUGAGCCUCACUCUCGGGGUCCAUGUCAACGUCGCCAAACAAAUGCUCUUCCAUUACUUGGAUCAGAAGCGGAAAGAAAGCUCGGCUCAGCUCCAUGCUACCUACCUUGUUUCAGGCAAGAUUGUGGAGAAUGGGACCACGGGUCACAAGGUGUCAGUAGUACGUGAGGAUCAGCUGGAGGAGGCGAAAUCAAAGAUGAGCCUGACUGUCAGUGUACAUGUGUACAGUGUUCAGAAGGCUGUGCUGAAAGACAGUGGUCCACUGUACAGUGCUGAUUAUGAUGCUGUUAAGGACAACCUACGGAGCAGCUGCAGGUACAGUGCAAUUCGUUGUGCUGAUGCUGUGCCCAUGUCCUCAUCAGAGGUGCAGCUGGCUCGUGAGACGAAACAGGCCCCAGCACCAGAUACGGAGCAUAUCAAAUCUGGUAUUAAUGCUCAUUCAGCUCUGGCCUCUAAACCUGCCUCCAAGCAGCCCAAAGGCAUUAUGGGAAUGUUUGUAAGCAAGAAUGUCUCCAAAAAUCAAGAGUCGGACAAAGAAAUUAAAUUGGAGCAGAAAGAGGAUGCACCUGUGGUUGAGCCUUCUAAAACUAAACCAGCUGUGAAGACAAAUCCUGUACGUAACUUCUUUGGGAAACAGUCAGGCAAAAAACCUGAUAAAUCGAUCAAAGAAGAGGUGGACGUUGCCCAGGCGUCUUCCUCAAAGGAUAACCAGGCUUCAAGCCCACCCCCUAAAGCAGAGAGUCCAGUCAAGGAGGAACCACCAAAGGAAGCUGUGCUUGACAAAGAUAUUAGAAGUAAGACCAAGCGCCCUGAACGUUCUGAUAACGAGGAGAAGGAUGAGGGUCAGAAGAAGAAGAGACGGAGGAUAAAGAAGCCCCAGGCGGACAGCAGUGAGGAUGAGGCUUCUCCUCCACGGUGGCUGGAACAGAGGGAACCCUCGCCAAGUCCAGAGAGUCAAGUCAAGAAAGAACCUGCUGCAGUUUCACUUUCAGACUCCAUGCAGGGGCGUUCAGAUUCUAAGACCAGGAAGAGGAGACGUGUACUGAAAUCUCACACCUUUGUGGAUGAUGAGGGAUGCAUGGUGACUGAGAAAGGCUAUGCGAGUGAAUCCUACUCUGAGUCUGAAGAGGACUUCAAGGCCAGUAAACAAACUGGGAAGAAUCCAACCCCACCAAAACCAAUUGGCAAGAAAGAUGAUGAGAAGAAAAGCAAGAAAACUGCUACAGCCUCUAAUAAAUCAACUAAGCAGGCUUCUAUUAUGGGAUUCUUCCAAAAGAAAUGACAAGAACUCACGUUGUGCUGAGCUCUGAGAAGAUUAACAUCCAGUUGAUGGACUCAAGGUCCUGGUGGACAGGAAGUCCAAACGGACACAUUUCCAGCUGCUAUGGAGUAUUAAAUACAGUUCCCUUGACAAUGUUUGGUGGAAUGCUGUAUAAUCCUUUUGUUUUCUCACAAUUUAGAAUACAUUUUCACAUUAUUGAAUAUGACAGACAGACGUAUGCACUUGCAUUGUGUAGUCCAAUCAGUACAGUAGGUAAUUGUUCUGUCAUUUUAUCUUUUUUAUGUUUGGUCAUAUUCGGUUACACUCCUGCUAGUAUUGAAGGGCUUGCACUGUGAAACCAGUACACAUUCUGAACAGCAACAGUCUAACCUGUUUGUUUCUGAAGUGUUUUGGUUGUUGUCUUGUAAAACAGUUGAAACUCAUCAUUAAGCUAUUGUUGUCGGUAGAAAAUCAACUUUAAUAUUAAAUCUGCAUACUCAUUAAA